UCUGCCCUUUCUCAUCUUUUGCGUCCCAUCGACCUAACCCUGGACACGCACGAGAGAGAGAGAUUUCCAAGGUGAGAAAAAAACAGAUUUCUUGAGAGAAAAAUGGAGGGUAGAGGAGGAUGCUGCAUAGCGAGAUAUGCAGCUGCUGGGGUUUACGAUAUGUCAAAAGUGAACCGGAUAAUGCUCCGGUUCAGACCGAUCGCUCCAAAACCGGCGACCGGUGGGUCGGUUUCUCCCCAGAAGAGCAGUGAGGCUUAUCCUAAAUCAGGGAGAGGCAAAAGAAGACACUCCAAAGAAAAUAAUAUGAACAAUACAAAGCGGUGCAACAGAAAAAGAAGAGUUUUGAGCGAAGAAAAAAGAGUUACUUUGCCUCUUCUCCCUGAAACCCCUGACUGCAAAGACUCUAUUUCGAAGGAGGAAAAGGGGGGAGUAGUAAAAAAGAUGGUGCCUCUGUGGUUGAGCUUUGGUCAAGCUGCUGAUGAAAAGGUGGAUUUUUUGGAUGGUGCUGCGAGAGCAGAUCGGACGGCGGUUAUGGCAGCGGAGGCGAGGAGGGUGGCGGGGUCGUGCAUCACGGUGGAAUGCGUGACGGACACGUGGGUGAGUGGGGAUGGGUUAGGGAGUACGGACGAGGAGAGGAAGGUUAAUCUGGUGAAGGACACGUGUCCGGGGUUUAUAUCGGAUGGGUUGGGGAGAGUAACGUGGACUAAUGGUGCGUAUAAAGAAAUGGUAGGAGGGGAAAUGAUGGUUUGGUUGGUGAUGAAAGAGAGGCUGCCGAUGAUAACAUACCCGGCGUUUACGUGCAGGGUAAGGGUGCAGUACACGUGUGGGAAGGAGAGGAGUUCCUUGACGCUGCCUUGCGAUGUUUGGGGAAUGGACGGCGGUGGAUUUGCAUGGAGGCUUGAUAUCAAUGCUGCUCUUUGCUUGGGCCGGUAAAAAGACAAAAAGAAAAAUCACAGUCAUGUGGUUUUAUAUUUUCUUUUUCCUCAUCUGAUCUACCUAUAAAUAUAAAGGUUGAGCUAGGGAUAUCAGCCAAGUGCGUGACCAAGCUUACAAUCUACAUCAACUGUCCUUUUGAAUUGUGAAUAUUUUUGAUGGGGUUUCUUUUGCUGUUUUGCUUUUUGUGUUUUCUUCCAACUUUUCACUGUUGUGGCACGUUGUUUAGUCGUCCUCUUUCUCUCUUUCUGACUGGAUCUGUGUUUUCUAUUUUGAGAUAUAACAUUUGUUCAGAAGGGAUAUAAAAAGAACUGAAAGUACCCAUAUUUAAUGUAAAUUAUAUAUGGUUUUAUUCUACUUGUUCAGUUGUUCACAUGUGUUGUAACAGUUUCUUCAUUAUCAUGUAUUGGCAUAUAAGUUUCUUCUUUU